UUCAGGACAAGUGCACAAUGAAGGCCUGUGAUUGUUAUCUUUUGGUUUGGAUGAUUUCAAUGCCUUCCUUAGUAAAUCUUACAGUGAAGCCGAACGCAACACUGAUGCUGAGAACACAGAAGGAACCUGUGUAUGUUGGAGACACAGUGGCUCUGGAUUGCAUCAUUGAGGAUAAGAAUAGUGGCUGGACAUAUUCCUGGUACAAACAGAAUCCAAAUCAAACAGGAGCUCACAUUUUACAAUCUGCUGGACACCUUUACACUUUCCAACCUGUGACUCAGACUAACAGCGGAAUGUACCGGUGUGAUGCACAGAGAAAUGCUCCUCUUCGCUUUACAGCUUUAAGUAAUACUGUUACACUGACUGUUCAAGAGAGAAGGUCCAGACUUGAUGUCAUCUCAGACCAUACAAAUGGCCGUGUACUUGAAGGAGACUGGAUAAUUCUGUCUUGUCAAGUCAAUGGUGAUCCUGUUAAAUGGAGAUAUGAACUGCACAGGGGUAAAGAUGAAAAUCUAUACAAAACACAACUAGAGGAGAACUUCACCAUCAGCCCUGUGACUCACUCCCAUCAUGGGGAAUACAGGUGUCGAGCUAGAAAAGGAGAAAUUUACUCAAGCUUCAGUGAUCCUGUUUGGUUACACGUGUCAGGUACCUGGUUCAAAAUUAUUGCACUAAGUACUGGGAUCUGCCUGGCUUUUCUUAUCCUCCUGGGGCUGCUCUACACAUACCUCAAAAUUAAAGGCUUGUUGCACACUGUGAGUUGGGGAAACAGUGCCGAGAAGCAGCUUGGUGAUGCUGUUUAG